AUGAAGGCCAUCCGACGCUCCCUCAAAGGGGAAAAAGACCCCAAACCCCACCACCACCACCAUCUUUCCAUUACGCCCAAGUCAGCCAUCGCUAUCCUGCCCCCGAAAAAGGUCAUCAAAGCUCUUUACGACUACCAACCAGAUCCUGGUAAUACGCAGGAAUUGGCCUUCAGCAAGGGCGACUUUUUUCACGUUAUCAGCAGGGAGGACGAUUUAGAUUGGUACGAAGCGUGCAAUCCCCUCAUCCCUACCGCUAGGGGGUUGGUACCUGUGUCGUUUUUCGAGGUCAUUGGCAAGAACGAAAGAAAUAGCGCCGGCUCGCUGGACCUUCAUAAGAAGAAGGAAUCCCACGACUCCGGUUUCUCUGAUCGAGCUCCAGCUGCCUUCCCCGGUCCCGACUUUGUCAACGGUUCGCCGAAACACAACCCUCCCCCCGCCUUCCCGAGAAUGUCAACACUGGGCAAGGGCUCGAGUCCCAUGGUCUAUGGGGUCGUCCAAUACGACUUUCAGGCCGAGCGGCCCGAUGAGUUAGAUGCCAAAGCCGGCGAGGCCAUCAUCGUCAUCGCCCAGUCCAACCCGGAAUGGUUUGUCGCCAAACCCAUCGGUCGCCUGGGCGGCCCCGGUCUCAUUCCAGUCUCGUUCAUUGAACUAAGGGACAUGCAGUCGGGUCAAGCGGUGACGGAUCCCCUGGACGCCGUGCGACGUGCCGGAGUACCCAAGGUGGAGGAAUGGAAGAAGAUGACCGCCGACUACAAGAAUAGCAGUAUCACGCUGGGCAAGAUCGACUCCGCUGCGGCGGCGGCGAAUAAUGUGAACUCGGUGACCUCCGGCAUGGAAAAGAUGUCCAUGAGCCACCAGAGUACCUCCCAUCUAAGCCAAAACGGCAAUUCCUAUCAUAUGUCUCACCAAUCGAUGCACAGCUACCACCAGCCCCUGGUGGCCCCGGUCGCCGCGUCCAUUCCGCGCUACUGCUUCGACAACGAUAAAUACUGGUACAUCAUCGAGGCGAAGAUGGAGGACGGUCGCUGCUGGGAGCUCUCCCGAUACUAUCAUGACUUUUAUGACUUUCAGAUCGCGCUCUUGACGCAGUUUGAAGAAGAGGCUGGGAACCGAGGCAAGCCACGGACCUUGCCCUUCAUGCCCGGCCCCGUUACCCACGUUACCGAUGCGAUCUCCAACGGCCGCCGCCAGAACUUGGACGAGUAUAUUCGGAAACUGCUUAGCAUGCCUCCUCACAUCUCUCGUUGUCAGCUGGUCCGGGAAUUGUUUGCUCCUCGUGCAGGCGACUUCGAGAUCGACCCCAGCGCGUUUGGAGAAGAUGCGCGGUUCUCCGGUGGGUCGCACCACUCCGCGCAUGAGCCCCCCCGCAGCGCUUCCCGCCAGUCCUCGCAGGCCCAGAUCAACCCUUCGCACGACCGUAACUCGCACCAGCGCGCCCAGGCGUCGAUAUCGCAGGGCAACGGCAUGCCUCCCCCGAUGAACCGACAGGCCAGCUCUCUGACGCAGGUCUCCAGCUCGAGCAGCGGCGCAUUGAAAGUGAAGGUAUCCUUCCAGGGCGAUCUCAUCGCGAUUCGGGUCCCGAACGACAUUAGCUUUCAGCAGCUGCGGGAGAAGCUCAUGGAUCGCCUGAAGAUCAACAAUGAAAUCGCGGUGCAAUACAAGGACGAGCCGUCGGGCGCCUAUGUGGAUCUGGUCAGCGACAGCGAUCUCGACACGGCCAUCCAACGCAAUUCCAAACUGACGCUAUUCGUUGAGCUCGUUUGA